AUGACCGACUCCCCAACCCCAAAAACGCACAUUGCGCAAACCCUCCUCUCACGCGCCCACUCCCCGGAAAGCACAGCAACGCAAUUCACGGAAAAAAUAAAACAAAGACCGCUCUAUCUCCGCCCAACAGAAUCAACAGCAACAGACAACCGCAGCAGACGCCGCCUCCACCGCCUCCGCAAAAAAGAAUACUUCCUCAAACACCAAAAGCCGCGCCCGCUGUCCGCGCGCGAGAAGCGCGAAUCAGGUCUGCACGAUCUACCCAAAGACGAAUGCAAGUAUGCAAUUUUCAAGGGUCUGCAUGAGCUUUGGGUGGAGUAUAUGCAUGAAAUCCUGGAUCUAAAGCCUGGCGCGCGUGCCGGGCCCGUUUCUGCGCUUGUGCAUGGUAGUAAGCUUGUUAGUGCUGAUUAUCAUGGGGCUGAGAUUGAGGUUGUGCGGAGUUCUUGUGCUGGGCGGGUUGGCGUGAAGGGGAUUGUGGUUAGGGAUACGAAGUUUACCUUUGUGCUUGUUACUGAGGGGGAUGAGAUGAAGACUAUUCCGAAGGAGCAGACUAUUUUCAAAUUCACGGUUCCGUUGCCGGCAUCGGCGAAGGGUGAGCAGGACCAGAAAGAGUCCGCCGUUGAAUGGGCGAAGCCGUUGGUUUUUGAAUUGCAUGGAAGCCAGUUUGAGAAUCGGCCGGUUGAUCGUGCUAAUAAAAAGUUCAAGUGGCGGAAUAUUGAUUAUCUAUAA